UUCCACAUUGUUUUCCAGAAACGGUUACUGUAUGGCUGCGCUCGGCUGCGUUGUAAUAUGGAUCCCAUAGAGAGAGAAAAGGACCCUGCUCCAACGCUUUGUGCGGUGUCGAUUGCGCCCGACUCAAUGGAGGUCCCUGCGUCAUCGGGGUCAACAAAAAGGAGACGACCGCAGCAGGCCAAUCAACAGCAGGAGUCGAUCAAGGAAGAAGUUGAAGACGAAAGAUACGAGCCUUUCCCGGUGCUCGACAAGAAACACCAGCAAAUCAUUCUCAAUAUCUUUAGAGAUACUUUCUCCGAUGUCCUCUUUUCCGACACUUUCACCUCCACUCUCCAGGCCGUGAAGCAAGCCCUCUAUGAGCGCGAGUUCGCAAAGGCAUUUGGUGAUCCCGAGUACUUGGCGGUGUAUGCCGCUCGCUGGAGUCCUACGAGGGCGUUGUGCUAUUCUUCCAUUUUGGGUGGGAUUAGGAGGCAUUUGGAUUCCAUCAUUAUCGAGGAGGAGACCGAGGUUACCUCAGAAGGAGAACAAAAACAGGAAGAAAAAGACGAAGAAACCGAAACACCAAAAGACAACACAGAAGAAGAAUCUCUCGCCUCCCAAACCGCCAACCUUUCCCUCUCCCCUCAAAGAACAAUUCCCAAACUCAACAUCCUAAGCAUAGGCGGCGGUCCAGCCGAGCUCGUCGCCCUCGGUUCCUUCCUCAACCAACAAUCUUCUUCCCAGUCCUCUCCUUCCUUCUCCCCCGCUCCUCUAUCAGGAUCCAUAACCCUCCUCGACUCCGCCCCCUACUCUCCCCUCCUGUCCGCUCUCCAAACCUCCCUAACCUCCACCCCUCCCAUCUCCAAAUACGCCAGCGCCGCAGCCAAGGCCGCCAACGUCCCGCUCCUGACGCCCGCCUCGCGGAUCUCGUCCAACUUUUUCCAGCAUGAUGCGCUCGACCUGGGGAAGGAAGGGUUUCUUGGCCUGUUGGCGGGGGACAAGAAGAAGAAGGAUGUGCUGCGUCCGACGUUGGUGACAUUACUCUUCACCCUCAACGAACUCUUCACCUCCUCGGGCAUCGGCAAAACCACGCGUUUCCUUCUGGACUUGACCGCCUCCCUUUCUCUCGGGUCACUCCUGCUGGUAGUCGACAGCCCGGGCUCUUACUCGGAGACGACACUGGGAAAAGAAGAGAAGAGAUACCCGAUGGCGUGGCUUCUGGAUCGGGUGCUUUUGGCCACUGACAAACACGGCAGAGCAACGGCGGUAGUGGAGGGCAGGAAGUGGAGGAAAUUGGAGACGAGAAAGUCGAGUUGGUUUAGGUUGGCGGAGGGGAGAGGGGGCGAACUGGGACUGGAUUAUCCGAUUGGGUUGGAGAAUAUGAGGUAUCAGUUGCAUUUGUAUCGAUUGGUGGAUGAGAAUGCGCCUGAGGAGGAGGAGGAAGGGGGGGAGGGUAGUGAGGGGAGUGAGGGGAGUGAUGAGGAGUGA